AUGUUUAUUGAGUCGAUAGAUACUUCUUCUUUUUCAAAGGAUGGUGACAAGAUGUUUGACUUACUUAAUAAAUUUGUGAACCGCAUUGGAGUAGCAAAUGUCGUCCAAGUUGUCACAGAUAGUGAGUCAAGCAAUAAGUAUGCCGGGAGGAUGUUUGAGAAAGAACACCCACAUUUGUAUUGGACCCCAUGUGCUACUCAUUGCUUAGACUUGAUGUUGGAAGACAUUGGGAAAAUACCUUCCAUCUCUAGAACAAUGCAGAAGGCAGUGGAGUUGAAUAGUUAUAUUUAUAUAGGACCAAAGUUGUUGAACAUUAUGAGGAACUUUACUCACAAAAAGGAGUUGCUUAGGCCUGCUAAGACUCGAUUUGCUACAUGUUUCAUCACAUUAUCAAGUAUUCACAAGCAAAAGAAUAACUUGAGAAAGAUGUUUACUUCAGAAGAAUGGAAUCGUAGUAAAUGGGCGAAAGAGGAAGCCGGUAAAAGAGUUGCUUCUUAUGUUUUGAUGCCUUCCUUUUGGAACAACAUUGUCUUUAGCCUUAAGGUUUCCGGUCUUCUUAUUCCGGUUUUGAGAUUAGUUGAUGGCGAGAGAAAGACUCCCAUAGGAUAUAUUUAUGCGGCUAUGGAUAGGGCUAAAGAAGCCAUUGCAAAAUCAUUUGAGGGAGUAGAAGAUAAAUACUCAGAUAUUUUUGAAAUAAUUGAUAAGAGAUGA